AGCGUCCAGCCGCGCGUCCGCCGCGAGUUUAUAAGUAGUUUGUGUGUCGCGUGCGCCGCUUGUGCCGACGCCGAUCCUGCUCCAGAUCUGUUUUUUUUCCCGUCUCCAACUCAUCUGCCGACCGCAGUAGCAGCCGCAGCCAAGAUAUCAAAGGCGAUAUGAGGCCACACACGAUUCUGCACUUAUUCGCGCUGUUUGCAUUUGUGGUCCUGACUCAUUCGCACGCCAAGGAGAAGGAAGUUCCAAAACAUCGACAUCGCCGUAGAAUUACUACUGUGAAACAAGAUGGCGGCUUUCAACAACUGCUGGACGCCGAUUGUUUGCAACGAGGUGUGAAGGCGCCAUUUGUGCCGUAUGCGAUCGCACCGCGUUACAUCAAAAGAAAAUACACUAAAAGCGGCUUAACGACAACAGAUGAUGAUGGCUAUUAUUUGCUCGCUGUUUACGAGUGCCAAAGUGGGCACGAAUUCUUCGACGGUCAUCGUGGCGUCUUAUCCUGCAGCGGCGGGAAGUGGAUCGGCGCCAGACCAAUCUGCAUAGCUAAAUUUAACGUCAAAGGAAGCGCUCAUGUUCAGGCGGAUCAAACCAAUUCGGUUGGCAUGGAAACCACGCACCUACGCAACCAGCAUUUGGAAAACAAUGAUUUACAGCAUGAUAAGAAGAAACACAAGAAUUGUUCCAAAUGUCAUCACCAGUUUGAACAAUGUGUUCUUAAUGAACAUAAUCAUUGGAGGUGUGUUUGUAAAGCAGGUUUCAAACGUGUUAGGGGUAUUUGUCAAGACAUAAACGAGUGUAAAGUUUCAAACCCAUGUCAGCAAACCUGCAAAAAUUUACCCGGAACGUUUAGAUGUUAUUGUAAACAUGGUUAUCGCUUGUUACCUGAUGGAGAAUCGUGUGAAGAUAUUAACGAGUGUCUCCUUAGAAAUGGCCAUGGUCCAUGUGAAGAUAAAUGUACAAACUCAUUAGGUUCAUAUUCAUGUUCAUGUAGUCAAAAUGGUACCAGGUUGUCCCUUGAUGGGCAUACCUGUGAUGAUGUCAAUGAAUGCGAUAUUGGCACCAGUGGUUGUUCCCAUGGAUGUAUUAAUACACGUGGAAAGGCGUACUGUUCUUGUCCGGAUGGUAUGAUGCUAGAUUCGGAUUGGAAGACAUGUAUUGAUAAACCGUUAGCUGAUCAACCGGAGGACGAGUACUAUGAUGAGAAUGAAGGUGAAGAUGAGUAUAUUGAUGGUGAUGAUGGUGGGGAAGAUGGGGAUUAUGAUGAGGAGGAUGGGAGAGUUCGGGAUUAUGAAGAGGAAGAAAGGCGAGAACGAGAAGAAGAGGAGAAUGAACGAAAACGACAACAACACGAAAAUGAAGAAAACAUUUUAGAAGAAAAUGACAAGAAAGCAGAAAAUUCUAAAGAAAUUGAGGUAACGGAACAAACUGAAGAUGCACCUAAAUCGGAAACCUCUGAUAAACCAAAAGAUGAUGAAGAAAGUGGUUCCGAUAAAGUAGCGGCAAUUAUUAGAGAUUUGGAAGAAAAUUCCGGCCGAAUAAGUGAAGAUGAAGAUGACGAUGAAGAUUAUAAUGCUGAAAAAGAAGAUGAUUAUAAAGAUGAGGAUCAAGAAGAACCUGAGACAAUUCCUAUUACAACUACAACUACAACUACAGGCGCACCUACAAGUACAACAAUCGCUACAACUACUGAAUUAACCAAUGACAAUAAUGGUGAAAGUACUGAUCAAAAAGAACAUUCAAGUAUUGAUAGUAAUGAAGACGAGUCGGAAGAAAUAGAAGAAGAGACUUUAAAGAAAACCCAUGUAUAUCAAUUAGGAAAUGAAAAUGACCAUACUACUAAUAGUCCUAUUCAAGAAGCCAGUAUUGUAAAAAUACAUCAAACCGUUGAAAGUAACAAAACUCUUGAAGAUCAUGCAGAUAACGAAGAUCCUAGAAAUAAAACAGAUGAGGUUCCAGAAGAACACCACGAGAAGGACGAAUAUGACGAUGAAGAUGAAACUGAAAAUACUGCUUCCCAAAAUAAAGAAGUAGUGGAUGGGGAAGAUGAAGAAAAUGAAGAAGAAGAGAUUUAUGAACCAGACGAGUAUGAUGAAGACAUUGAAAAACAAGGAGUUGUUCCAACUAUCUCUUCACCUGCAACAACUACCACAUCAACUACUACAACUACGCUGUUACCUAUUACUACUUUACCACCUUCCACUACUACAACUACUACUACAACAUCAACACCACCAUCAUCACCAUCAACAACAACCAGCACUACAACUACCACAACGACUAACACGAAUAAAAACAACGACGAUGACGAUGAUGAUGCUGAAGAUGAUUACGAAUACACAUACGAAGAAUACGAAGACAACGAACAUGACAAUACUGUACCAGUAGUACGAACAACCCAGAAACCAAAAGUUAAUAUCACCCCGUCACCUACAAAACCGCCACCAAAAAUUUCAGUAACUGGCACCGGUCAAUCGUUGUGCACUUCCGGAUUCAAGCUGAACGAGAACUUCGAUUGUGUUGAUAUUAAUGAGUGUGAAGAUCCGGAAAACGGUUGUUCAGACGGCUGCGAAAACACAGUUGGUAGUUACAAAUGUGCAUGUCCUACAGGAUACGAAAUUACCCAACACGACAAAUACACUUGUUCGGACAUCGAUGAAUGUUCAUUGGGACUAUGUUCUCAUAAUUGUUUUAAUGUACCUGGUUCAUUUACCUGUGAAUGCCCAAAAGGGUGGAUUCUGCGUGAGAACACCACAUGCCACGAAAUUAAAUGUCAGCAUGGAUUUAACUUGUCUGAAUCAAGUGAAACCGGAUAUGUUUGUUUAUGUCCCAAAGGUUAUGCCAUGGAUAUAAAUGGAACCUGUGCGGAUGUUAAUGAAUGCCUUGAUGAAAACCUCUGUGAACACGAUUGUACCAAUACAGGAGGUGGUUAUGAAUGUUCGUGCAGACCAGGAUAUUCUUCAAUUGGCAACGAUUGUGACGAUAUUGAUGAAUGUCUAAAUGAUAAUGGAGGAUGUCAACAACUUUGUGCAAAUCUUGAAGGGUCUUAUGAAUGUGGAUGCGAAGAAAAUUUCUACUUAGAUAAAGACAAUAGAAGUUGUUUGGAAAUUGAUCAUUGUAUAAACGAUAAUGGUAAUUGUUCCGAUAUAUGUAGAAGCAUCCAAGGAGGUGUAAUUUGUGAAUGUAGACAUGGACGUGAAUUACAAGAAAAUCGUAAAACCUGUAAGAAUUUUAAUCCUUGUCACAUUGAUAAUGGAGGCUGUUCACAUGAAUGUAUUUAUCAUGAAAGUGAAGGUGUCCAAUGUGUUUGUCCUGUUGGGCAUCAGCUACUAAUAGAUACAAGAACAUGUGAAGAGAUUAAUCCUUGUUUUGAAAAUAAUGGUGGUUGCUCACAUAUUUGUUUGACUAGUGAUACUACACCAACCGAAGCAAUAUGUAAAUGCAAUGAUGAUUCAUACGAACUACGGGAUAAAAUCUGUUUUAAAAUUAAUCCGUGUUUGAUCGACAAUGGUGGAUGUUCGCAUGAUUGUCACUUUGAAGAAGAUGAAGUGCGUUGCUCAUGCCCGGAAACGUUUAUAUUAUUUGGUAAAAUAUGCCAGAAGAGAAACUUAUGCGAGGAAAACAACGGAGGAUGUUCACAUUUUUGUAAUUUUGUUAACGAUUCAAUCAUCUGUGAGUGCCCAAAAGGAUAUGAGUUAAUUGGAAUGACUUGUGAAAGAAUAGAUCCCUGUUUAAUAGACAAUGGAGGAUGUUCUCAUGUUUGUAUAAAUGAAGACUUUGAACCAGAGUGUCACUGUCCAAUAAAUUAUGAGUUAACUGCUGAUGCAAAGACUUGCAAAGCAGUAGAUCCGUGUUAUAAUAAUGGUGGAUGUAGCCAUUUUUGUUUGGCACAUCGUGGAAGAACUUUGUGUUAUUGCCCCAUGGGUUAUGAACUUGAAGAUGAAAAGAAUUGCGUAAAAAUUGAUCCAUGUUCAGAAAACAAUGGAAAUUGUAGUCACACUUGCAUUAAUAAUCUUGGAAAAGUUGAAUGUCGCUGUCCUACAGAUCUUAGUUUAGUGAACAACACACUGUGUGUCAAUCCAUGUUCUAUUCAAAAUGGCGGAUGCUCACAUGAAUGUGUAAAGAUAAACGAUGAACCUGCUAAAUGCACAUGCCCAGAGGGUUACGAUUUGAAAGAAGAUAAUAAAGUGUGUGAACAAAUUGACCCCUGCUUAAAUCAGAAUGGUGGAUGUUCUCACACAUGUCAGAAUGUGGACGGUCAAGUGGUUUGUAAGUGUCCUGACAGUGACGGCUCAACAAGAUAUGAACUCAUUGGAAAAACAUGUAAACUAAUUGAUCCUUGUUUAAUUAAUAAUGGUGGCUGCAGUCAUAUAUGUUUGACAAUGAAUCAUAGAACUAAAUGUGAAUGUCCUCCAAAUUUUACUCUUCACGGAAAGAUUUGUUUCGAAAACUUCGAUAACAUCCCCGAUAACACCAACAAUGAUCCUUGUGCAGAACAAAAUGGCGGAUGCUCUCACAAUUGUACAGUUAACAAAGGUGUUCGAGAAUGUUCAUGUCCAAGUGGAUUUGUCCUUAGACCUAAUAAAAGGGUUUGCAAAGAUCUCAACGAAUGUAUCUGGCACAAUGGCGGUUGUUCUCACACCUGUCGGAAUAUACCAGGAAGUUACAAAUGUUUAUGUCCCAAAGGUUUUAGACUUCAAGCAAAUAACCACACGUGUGUAACAGGUCAUAUAAAAGCAUGUUCAAUAAACAAUGGUGGUUGUCAGCAUCUAUGCGAAGAUUUACGAACUGGUCAUAGAUGCAGUUGUAAAGUUGGUUAUGAUCUACAAAGAGAUGGACGUACCUGUGAAGAAGCAACUUCAUUUUUCGAGUGUCUUGUAAAUCCGCUAAAAUAUGGUAAAGUAAAGUGCACCACUGGAGGAGAAGGUGAUUAUGUACAAGUAGGCACACAGUGUCUAUACACCUGCGAUAAUGGACACAAAAUAAUUGGGGAAGCAUUAAGGACAUGUGAAUACUCAGGAGAAUGGGAUUUAGAGGAACCAAUUUGUUCACAGGUGAACACGUGCCCGAAACUAACUCAGCCUCUGAAAGGUCGUAUAAUUCCCCAUGUUUGUUCAACUGGAAAAACCGCAAUUGGUCAGACUUGUGGUAUUCAUUGUCGAACAGGUCACAAACUGAUCCGCCCUGAAUUAAGAAACUUUACGUGUAUACAACACGGUCAUAAUCCUCAAUGGAAUAUACCACUAACUGAAGAAAUGCUGCACAACGCUUGUAUACAACAAGAACUACCCAAACCUUUUAUUCGUUGCCCUGGUGGUGGUAAACUAUCUUUCGUCCUCCCAACAGGCGCAAGAGUUAUGAAUGUGAGGAUAUCAAGACCUGAGUCCAAUGUGGAUUGGUGGAGGUUCGUACAUUCGGUACCAUCUUGGGGAAAACAACUCAAUACUAUACUACCGGCGGGUCGUUUUGAGGUGACCUUUACUGCGAGGAGCCCACAUCCAGGUGCUCACAAUUUAUCAUCUUCAUGUAAUUUGAUUAUCCACGUAAAAGAUGAUGAAGCACCCAAAGUGUUUGAUUGUCCGUCUAAUCAGGAAGUGCGUUUGACCCGUAACGAAUACUCAAAGAAUGUUUAUUGGACAGAGCCGCGCUUUGAAGACAAUAUUGGAAUCCGCGCAGUUUACAAAUCUAAAGAACCAGGUUCACCAUUUUCGUAUGGUUUACAUCACGUUAACUACAUUGCCAGCGACGAUGCAGGGAAUCGAGCGUAUUGUCAUUUUAGUAUCAACGUGGUCAACUAUUAUCAACAGGAAUACUCAUCACCAAGAUUGACCACCAGAUAUAGAAGUGUUUUAAUAUGUCCGCAUGGUGUUCAGUACAUGAGUAAUUCACCUGACAACUAUGAUAACUCAAUUACAUCAGAGAAUGGAUGUAAAUGGACGUAUAUAAGACUACGGGAUCAGAUGGGUCAACCAGGAUAUAGAAUUCCAACCGGAAAUAGCGCUUAUAAUCAAAAUCAACAACGAAGUAAUCAGAUUAGGGACAUUCCGUACACAACUCCAAUGCCAACUAGACGACAUCCACGCCAACGUUUUCAAUGGUGUUGCUGAUACCCAUACUCGUACAUUUUUAUUAAAUAGACUACGCUAAUUAUACUAAUUAUAUUAUUGCUAUUGCUUGAUUAUGAGCGCGCUUCAAAUAUUAUAUUACAUUUCCUGUCGAGGCCCAUAGCGUGCUCAUUUUUGAUUAUUUUUUAAUAAAACUUACAAAUUUCUACAGUACAUGUGAUUUCAUACCAAUGAAUGAAUUAUUAUAUCAUUAAACAAGUUGGAUAUUCUUUCUUAAA